CUAUGAGCUCUUUUUUCACCGGACACAUCACACCAAAUGUAUAUAUAGCCGCCGUUAGAGCCACACUUUCAGUAGGCAGGUGCACCGUCGUCAUGAAGCUGCUGGUGCUCUUUCUCUUUGGUGUCAUCACAUCCGCAGCGCCACCACCCACUAUCCCGUUACACCAGCAACAUGUUAACGACGGCGACGAGUAUCCGAAGUUCCUCAGGGACAUUCCGUCGCUGAGCUCCAUUUUCGGCAAUUACGGGGUGGUUCUCCCGAACGGACGAAAACGGGCACCAGCAACAGAGAAUCCACUUCCUCCCCUGGCUGACAGACCGUUUCUUCGAGAUCCGCAGUCACACUGUAGUGAUUCCAGGACAAAACACACAUUCAGUGUGACUCAUCCUUUCAGUGAUUCUCUUGGUGAUGAUUAGGUGACUAAGUUUCCGUUUCUCGGACAGUCACAUUCUCGCUGACUCACUCCACCACUGACCACCACUAGGAGUCACCGGAACACAUCCACGACUCAAUCACCAUCGAGCUGUAGACACCUGCCUGAUAUCACUCUCCACCUGCAGAGAACAAAACACUAAUUGGUUAAUUAAUUGGAAGUUUUAUCUUGGAUCAGCAACAUCAAGGUCAUAUGCCGCGGUAGCAAAACAUACACCAAGAUAUGUAGCUUAAUCAAAUAAAUAAAGGAAAUCAA